GCUGUGUGCUGCCUAUCGUCUCAAAAACAGAGCUUGGCUUGGACUUUUAUUUGCCACAUAAUUGAGUUUAAGAUUGCAAGUGCCGAUGACCAGACGUCUUGAGUCUCUGAAUUAAAAACAUUUUGGUGCAACAUUUGAUAAAGCCACAGCUAAGAAAUGCAAAUUCUAAGCUUGGUCCUGCUGGGAAUUUUCCCUGUACUGGCCCUGGCCGUCCUUAACACGCCAGACCAAUCUUAUGUAAAUGGGUAUCAGACAAUAUUUGAAGGGGAAAGGGACUUUUCCAUUAGAAUGAUGCAACAGAUCAGGAAAAUCUAUCCAAACGGAAACCUCUUCUUCUCACCGUUCAGCACCUACAACGCCCUGCUGAUUGCCUAUUUCGGAUCCUCCAAAGAGACAGAGAUGGAGCUGUACAAUGUACUGAACCUAAAGUGGGCCUCCAAAAAGGAGCAGGUGCUCAGCGCUUACGUAGUGAAUAAGGGACAACACCAAAUGCGAGUUCGUCAAAGUCCCUUGGAACUCUCGUCUGUUAACCGAGUUUUCGUGGACAACAGUGUGCCGGUGUCCGAAAACUUUACGACCCUUCUAUUCGAUGAAAUCGAGAAGAUGGACUUUAGGUACCAAUCAGGCAAUGCACUAUAUGAAAUAAACGAAUGGAUCGCCGAGAAAACGAAUAACCAAAUUCGAGACAUGCUCAGUGCCGAUCAGAUCACUGCUAGGACCAUGGUGGUCCUGGCCAACGCCGCCUACAUGAAGGGCGAGUGGCUCAGUCAGUUUAAAGUGGAGAAGACCUCUGUGAAGCCCUUCUACAUAAACAGAUAUGAGCGUACAAUGGUUUCCAUGAUGCAACAGAGUGCCACCUUCAAGACGAACGACGAUUCGCAGUUGCAAGCCCAAAUUCUUAAACUGCCGUACCGCACACAAUACAAGUCGAAGGACCCGCUCCAAUCCAGGCCUGAGAACAAGUCCGAUAUCUCCAUGGUGCUUAUCCUACCGAGCUCGAGCGAAGUCAGUGUGGAUGAUAUAAUAAACCGAUUGAAUGCAGACAAACUUAAGAAGUUGGUUAAAGAGAUAUACGCGCGCGAGAUGGAGGUGGAGCUGCCCAAGUUCCAGUUCGAGCAGCGUCUGCGAUUGACUCCGAUCCUCGGCAGAAUGGGCAUAAGAACAAUGUUCGAAAAUCGUGCCACUUUUGAAGACUUGACCUCCGAGCACAUUUCUAUCGAUGACGCCCUACACGUGGCCAAAAUCAAGGUGGACGAGAUGGGAAGCACCGCCGCGGCGGCCACCGUCCUCUUCUCCAGCCGAUCGGCUAGGCAACCCGAUCCCACCAAGUUCAUCUGCGACCAUCCGUUUUUGUUCCUCAUCUAUGAUGAACGUGCAAAUACGGUCUUAUUCGCGGGCGUCUAUAGCGACCCCAGACAAAUGUAGCAGUAAAAGUAAUUUGUUUUUAUUGAUUUAACAAAGUUUUUAAAGAAACUAAUGGCCGUGUAGUCAAUAUUUCAAAAUGUUUUUCUAAUAAAAUUUGCCAUUCUCAAACCUAAAUUCAGCAUUUGUUAGAGGUAACAUUUUUAAAUGUUAAAAAAAAAUAAAAGUGAAUCAAAAUAAA